UCAAGCUUGGACGCUGCCCAACACUGUCGCCAACGGGAGAUUUUCCAAUAUGAAGCUGGAGCGCAGUGCGCUUAUCUACUGCCAAAUUUAAUUAGUUGUUUAUUAUUGGCACAAUUACGAGAUUACGAUUACGGCGCAGCCCGGGGCAGUCACUCCGAGCGACGGAUGACCCAACCCGUUGGCCAGCAGGAGCAGCCAAAGAGAGAGAGACGAGAUAAGUUGGCAUCCGCAAACAGCUGGGCUGCAGCAACAACAACAAUAACAAGGCAGUAACGAGGUCGCAGGACCAAAAAGGAGGGUCGCCAUCGCCAUGCGCUUUAACAAGUCGGAACUGAACUCCCUGGCCAGCAAUCCAGCAACCCGGUUCGACAAGGAGGGCCUGCUCAUUAUCAUCGACCGCCAGGAGGGAUUCCUGUGGCGCUCCAGCGAAGUCAGAGUUGAACGUUGGUGUAAACUGCGUGGCAAUUUACUGUUCUACCUCAAGGAUAAGGACCCCAAGUCAGCGGUGGCCGGCCUCUUGGUGCUGGAGAACUGUCGUCCGCGAAUACAGAAUGAAGAGCGUGAUCCCGAGGGCUACGUUUUCGAUCUAGACUUCAAGGACAGCGCAUCGGAGCGCUUCAUCAGCCGUUCGUCGGCCGAGCGCCUGGCCUGGGUGCACUGCAUCGAACAGGCAUCCAGCGAGAAGCUGAACGUGCUCAUCCGGCAGCUAAAGGAUCAGAUCGUCGCCAAGGGCCGCCAGCUGAACGGCCCGGGAAUGGGGAAUCACAUUGACUUGGGAAUGCCCUUGGAGCAGCAGGUGCAAGAGCAGCUGCAGGGCCAGCCGGCGGAGGUCGCCCCCCUGGAGGUGGUGGCGCCGUUUGAAGAACUCGAUCUCUCGGAGCUGCCCAUCUGCGAGACGGCCCUCUCCUGUGAUACCCUGCCCCUGGACACGGUGGGCCGGUCGCCCAACCCGCAGGUGGUAUGCUCGCUGCUCCCGGCGUCUGGAGAGGAUUGCCUGUGGCGAGAGCAUGCCCGCACCGAGCUGCAGGAGCGCACGCGCAGCCCGCAGUUCCUGUGCACCAUGCGCUUCCAGCGCAGCACCGGCUUCUCGGCCGCCACGCGCCUCCGCUUCAGCGUCUACGACGUCCGCGAGCGGAUGACGCUCACGGCCCUGCCGCUGGGCCACGCCGAGGUGGCCCUGGGCGUCAUUCAGGACACCAGCCGGCUGCGCCUGCCACUCACAUCGCCGCGCGGCGAGUGCGGCUUCAUCACCCUGGCCUCCUGGUCACCCGACGCCGCCGUGGAGCCCGGCCAGUCGGGGAACGGGCCCCCGCGCUCCAGCACUCAGCUCUUUGACGGAUCGGGCGCCGCCACGGGAGCCACCACAAGCAGCAGGCGAGCCCAUCGUCGCACCCAGUCGUUGCCGCCCAAAUUGGGAGUUCGGUUGUUUGUGCCGCAGCAGUGCGGCCUGCAGCGGGUGUGCUCGAAUCCGCGCCUGCGCACCUACCGGCUGCACUCGUCCCUGGGGGCGGACAUAAGUGUGCAGGAGACGCUGCUGGAGGCGCGCCUGUGCUGCCUGCUGCCCCAACAGCUGCUCUCCAUCUGGAUCCAGCGCGAGAAGGAGCUGCUGCAGGAGAUCUCUGGAAUGGGCGAGCUGAGUGGCGAGUGGCGAUGGCGCCAGAUGAACCUGCUCGAGGAGCACCUGCGCCUGCUCAAGGACUACUCGCAGGCCAAGCAGAACAUCCAGCAGCUGGCCCGCGACGGCAUCUCCUUCAAGCGCUCCUCGGCGAAGGCGGACGAGGCGCUGGAGUUCCUGCCGGUCAACCUGCACGUCCAGCGGAUGUGGGCCCAGAACGACACGCUGCAGCGGCGCGGCCUCCUGGACGUGGUCACCGUGGGCGCCUUCACGCGCCACGACGCCAAGGGACGCAAGUGCGGCGGCCUGAUCAAGCUGCUGCAGGAGAGCAAGUCGUGGAAGCUGGAGCAGAGCAACGCGUGCAAGGUGCAGGCGGCCAACGACGCCGUGCAGGCCACCAAGCAGCUGCGCAAGGAGAUCGUCGAGCUGAUGUCGCAGCUGCUCCAGCUGGCCAGCCGGCGCAGCUCCAAGGACAUGAUGCCGCUGUGCAACCAGAUGGUGGCCCGCACACGCACGCUGCUCAACAUCUGGGAGCCGAGCAUCGUGGAGGAGGCGGUGACCUUCAUCGAGCGCCAUCGCAUCAUCGAGGAGCCGGAGAACGUGCUGAUGGAGCCGAUGUCGCCCUUCCGCAAGAUCACCCAGCAGCUGACAGCUCUGGAGCUGAAGUCGCCGGAGCUGGAGGACUUUGCCACCCCGGUGGUGGCGCCGCCAGAUCUCUGGCCCCGCGGUCAGCCACCGCUGAUGCGCUCCAACAGCUGGCAUCCGAGUAACAGCUCUCCGUCCAGCUCGCUGGACAUCCGGGCCAUCGACUCGCUGCAGCAUGUGGUCAAAUGCUACAACGAUCACCUGCGCAGUCUGGAGCAGGGCAGGAAUCCCCGCGAGGCCGAGGAGGAGGCCACAUAUCAGUCGCUGCCGCUGGCCUGGCAAUCCCAGUACGCGGCCACUUCCACGUCCACGUCCCAAGUCCCAGAAGUGCCAGCCAAUCUAUCCGUGCUGCAGCUAAUCGAUCUGGACGAGAUCGGGCGACGGGAGCAGAGGCAGCGGCAUCAACAGCCACCGGCCGGGUUCCUGGACACCAAGCUGAUGAGCUCCUCGCCGUCGGCCAACUACUACCGGCCCACGGAGGAGCCGGAGCCAAUGGAUCUCACCCAGCUGAACAUUGAGGCGAGCGUGAUGUGCCUGGUCAGCAAGCUGAAGUUCUUCUGCGGCCGCUGCGACAGUCCGGCGAUCCGGUUGCGCCAUCCGAAGGUCCCGCUUAAGCGGGAGGGCUUCGCAGUGGCGCCGCAGCAGGCGCCGGACGUGAUCUCUGCGCCAGCAGCCGGGAAGCAGCCCCCCAAGCUCGAUCUGGAUCUCAAGCCGACGGCGGAGAGUGGAUCCAGUUCCGGCUGCCCCGGAUCGGUGGCCGUGACAGUCAAGAAGGGCAACAAGUUCACCGACGGCCUGGACCUCUCAAUGACCACGGAUUGGGCGGCGGAACUGCGGCCCAGCAUGCGCAAGCUGCGCCACGCCAUGGACCGCCUGCUGAAGACCGCCCGGCUGAUGCACUCGGUGCAGCGCCUGCAGCAGGACAUGCGCUGCAACCGGCUCCAGGCGAGCAUCACGUACCGCAGGGACGUCUGCUUCUCCCAAGCGCUAACCGCGCUGGUCAGCUGUCUGAUGGUCCGGCUAUGGGGCAGCGAGCUUGACAUGGGCUACUUGGUCAUGCUCCGCGAUUUGGGGCCGCUGGCGUACUUCGAGGGCCUGCUGACGCUGUACGGUAACGAGGCAGACAUGUUUAGCGACAUGUGUAUCGCCAUUGAAGACUUGUCCGCCGUCAGUUUCCAGCUGGUUCGAGCACAGGGCGAGACGGCGCUGGCGCCGACGCCCCGGAUCACAGGAUCGCGGCAGGCGUUAGAGGUGCAGCUCCCUGUGCCGGAGCACUCGCUUCCGGGAAAUGGCACCUCCAUCUCCUUCAAGAUCACGCCGGUCUUCUUCAACAUCGGCAUUAAUGAAAAGGCCAGCUUUGCCGAGACGCUGGGUCAAACUCGUGAACAGCACCGCUCCAACUGGGACAACUUUCUCCGCCUGAGCCAGUACUUCGGGCGCUACCGGAAGCUGGGCCUCGGCUCCGUCGACUCCGGUGAGUCGCUGCAGUCGCUCCUUGGCUUUAUGGAGCAGCAGCUCCGGGCGAACGUCUCAAAGAACGUUAAGAUUCUUCACCUGGCCGAGGACGCUUGCCGGCUGAUGGACGGGCUACGAUUCACGUCCUGUAAGAGCGCCAAGGAUCGCACCGGCAUGGCGGUGACCCUGGAGCAGUGUCGUGUGCUGGUCCGCGAGUUCCAGUUGCCCGCCAAGCACGUGCCCUACGCGCUUGGUACGAUGAGAAGUGAGGGAACGCGCAUGGAUAACGUACUCAAGAACAUUGGGAAGCGGAAGUAUGCCUUCAAUCGAACUCAGGUCUCUUUUCUGCCGGCCAUGUACAGGCCACCAGUUGGUAGCUACGGCAAGGCGCAGACUUAAGGGCUCCACUCGGGAUCCCCAUCCGAAUCCAAAUGUCCAAAUGUAGAGCGGUCCGGUCGAUCCAAUGGCGGUCAAGUACUUAAUGGACAUGGGACAACUUAACACAGAGAUAUGUAUAUCAGCGAAGCGAAGCAAAACAAAACGUAUAAAACUGUGCCAAAAAUACAUACAAAACAAUUUAACCAAUUUUGCGCGAGGCAAGCAAAACAUAGAAACAAGUGAGAGGAAAUAAUAGGUAACUAAUUAAAUUAGCACAUUGAAGGAGUCACUUCCGGACAAUUGUUAACGCAUCACACAAUUCCAAUUCCAAUUCGGUAGUAUGACCCGCUAUAUCCCCCUUCCCAUAUUUAUUUAGGCUAUAUCCACGUAGUUGUAGUUUGCAAAAGAGGCAACCGUACUCUAGCGACUCAUUUACUUCCAGUGAAUAAAAAACAAACUUGUUAA